CCUUGUUCCACUGCUGCUACUUCGCAGGGAAGGGGAGACCAAAAGGGAAUUUGUUGUCAUGCUUGCCACCUCUUCUGUGCUGUCCGGGCGACAGGGACCCCGGCUGCCGCCAACCGAUUGGGGGCAGGCGGGAAGGGGGAAGUGAUGCUGAUCGCCACCAACUCAGAACCUUCCGCGGUGCAGCUCGACUCCCGCCUCUUUCCUUCCGCCUGCUUGCAGAACCACGACCGGGAAUCUGCAAAGUCCGGGGAGGACGACAUUGAAGAUCGAUCGGAUCCCCUUCGCCAGCAGCCACUCCUACACAGGCCGAACCUCCCGGAGCAAGGAACUCAGAGCCAGGGUAGAGGCGGCCACAUCUCUGCCCCGGGCAACAGAGCCUCUGUGUCAGGUAGCAUUGGCCCUUCCUUUCAGUGCCAGUCAAUCCAUCAAGAUUACAUUUGCAGCAAUGACAGUGACAAGAGUGAAGAUAGGUCGAGUCCCAAGAGACAACGUCUUUCUCAUUCAGUCUUUGACUAUACAGUGUCAUCACCAACUGCAUCACCACCAAUACGACCGUGGGAGAUGACAUCAAAUAGGCAGCCUCCUUUGUCUCGGUCCAACCAACAUCACUUCUCUGGGGAACACUGCAGCACACCUGCACGAAAUAGAAGGAGUCCUCCUGUUCACCGUCAGAGAGCAAGAAGGGAUCAUCUGUCUCGACAUAAUUCUAUUAGCCAAGAUGAAAACUAUCGCCAUCUCUCCUAUGGACAGCAGCAAGCAAUAGAAGAUCCCCAAACUUUUCACCCUCCAAAUAUAUCCCAUCAUAUGUUGCACACAGCUGCUCACCCACCAGAGCAGAAUUCAAUGAUGGUUGAUAUUCAUGAUCAGAUCCAUCAAGGCGCAGUCCCUGUCUCAUAUACAGUGACAACAGUGGCACAGCAUGGAAUUCCACUUUGUACAACCCAGCACAUACCAGCCUGCAGCACACAGCAGGUCCCAGGCUGUUCUGUGGCAAUCAGUGAACAGCACCUUCCUAUCUGUAGUGCGCCUCCUCCAAUGCUUCAGGCAUGCUCAGUCCAACAUCUACCAGUAUCGUAUGCAGCAUUCCCACCUCUGAUUUCUAAUGAUCCAUUCCUUUUGCAUCCUUCUCACCUCUCUCCGCAUCACCCAUCUCAUCUGACACCUCCAGGGCAAUUUGUUCCCUUCCAAGCACAGCAGCCACUUUUGCCACUUCAAAGGAUAGACAAUGAAGUAGAACUGUUUGGAGACCAUCUUCCUAUAGGAAGCUUUCCCUACCCUCCAUCAACUCAUCCACCAACACUGACUUCCUCAGCUCCUUUCCAAUUCUUAUCCCAUGAUCCUUUACACCAAGAAGUUUCAUUUGGAGUUCCUUACACACCUUUUAUGCCUCGAAGACUCACAGGACGCAGUAGAUACCAAUCACAGCAAACAAUACCACCACAUCCAUACCAUUCCAGCCUAUUACCAUAUGUGCUAUCAGUGCUUCCAGUGCCACCUGCAGUUGGACCAGCUUUCAGUUUUGAGUUGGAUGUGGAAGAUGGAGAAGUGGAAAACUAUGAGGCACUGCUGAAUUUGGCAGAACGUCUAGGAGAAGCCAAACCUCAAGGACUGACAAAGGCGGACAUAGAACAGCUUCCAUCUUACAGGUUCAAUCCAAACAACCACCAAUCGGAACAGACGUUGUGCGUAGUGUGUAUGUGUGACUUUGAGUCAAGGCAGCUACUUAGAGUCUUACCCUGUAACCACGAGUUUCAUGCCAAGUGUGUUGAUAAAUGGCUUAAGGCAAAUCGUACCUGCCCAAUUUGUAGAGCUGAUGCUUCAGAAGUGCAUCGUGAUUCAGAAUGACUAAUCUAAGAGUACAAAUCUACUUUGGGUGUUCCUAGUCAUGUGCAUGUAUGAACUGUCCAUUGAACUUACCCAUGUAGCUUCCAGAAUUCCCUUUACAAAAAGAGUCAAUGGACCUUUCUUUGCACUGUGCAACUUAAUCGAUUAUAAAGCUUAUAGUUAGUCUUCACAAUUGUGGGAUUGCUAUACUAACCAUUUGAUUGGAACUCCAGACUUUUUUUUAGCUUAAUUUUGUUUGUGCACUAACUUUUCCAUUUUUUUUGUGUGUGUGUGAUCAUUCUGAGUGAUGCUGCAAGAGUACAGUGGACGUGAUCUUUUAGCAUAUGCUUUUAUAAAAAGUGCUAGCUCCAAACAACAUAGUAAUCUACUUUCAGAUACUGUGAAUGGGCACAAAUGGUGUGUGUCUGUGUGUUUGUUUGAGAGGAUGCGUGGAGUGUGCUUCUGACUGGGUGUGCUUCUGUUUGAAAACAUAUAUUCCAACAUGUACCAAGAGUGUAUGUAUGUACUGUUAUUUAUGCUGCAAUGUAUAAUCUUAUGUCAUUUAAACAGUAUUAGUACUGUACACUGGUUUCUUUCCUCGUGUUUGGAGUUGCACACUGAAUGAAGAGGGUGCUGCAAUUAUAGACAUUUAAUAUUUCAUCCCCAAUGUACUUAAUGACUUUUAACUUGCUAUUGAGAAGUUAUGCUUCCCCUUUAUUGGAGGGUUUUAAGUGUACCUCUAAAGAGAGUUUGUAUACAAUUAAAAUAACUUGUAAGCGGUUAUGAUUUUAUUCCUGUGAACAAA